CUUCAUUCGUUCUGUCGCCAACCAAGACUUGGCAGCUUUUUUUCUAUCAAGCAAAUACCAUUUCAGGUUGCAUAAAGAAGCUUAAAUUAAUCUUGCCGAAACGAAACUUCAUAUUAACAUACUUCGUGACAUGAAUAAUUAUGCCGAUGACAGUAUAUAUGGAAUUAAUUAUAUAACAUAAACAAAUCGAUUAUUACUUUUUUCUUUGAUUAUUAAUGUUAAUACAGAGUAGUUAUCAGUGUGAAAAAAAAUUUAUUUUACUCAAUCUCAUUAUGUUUUAUUUGUAAUUUUGUAAUAUAAAAGAAGAAUUGCAGAUAGGAUGGCGGGAUAUGUGAAAAGCUCGCUAAUUCAAAGUAUGAAAAAAUUUAAUUUAUUCGAUUUUAAGAAUGGAUUAAACAUCAUCCGAAGACCGAUGCUCCGAAUGGUGAGCAGUUACCUGAGAUCACGCAGUCAUUCCUGUGGGGAACUUGGCUUGGAUGAUGUUGGCAAAGUUGUGGUUCUCUGUGGUUGGCUCCAGUACAAAAGAUUGGAUCAGUUCCUGUUGCUACGGGAUUGGCAAGGAAUAACACAAGUUCUCAUCCCAGCAGAAAAGCAAGACAUGCUUCAUCCUCUCGUCUCAAAUUUACCCUUGGAAUCAGUGAUUCAAGUGCAGGGCACCGUCAUGAAACGGCCAGAAGAUCAACAAAAUGAUAAAAUGCAGACUGGAAGUAUCGAAGUAAAGCUCUCUGAUUUCCAGGUGUUAAACUCUUGCCGCACUAAAUUACCAUUCCAAAUGAAGAAAUUCCAUGAGGUGAAAGAAUCACUUCGUAUGGAAUACAGGUAUAUAGACAUACGCACUGAAAGAAUGCAACACAAUCUCCGACUGCGAUCGGCAACGACAAUGAAAAUUCGGGAAUUUCUCUGCAAUAAACAUGAUUUUGUUGAUGUUGAGACACCAGUUUUAUUUCGAAGGACACCAGGGGGUGCCAAAGAAUUCAUUGUUCCCACCCAUACCCCAGGGAAGUUUUACAGUCUUCCACAGUCACCACAACAGUUCAAGCAGUUGCUGAUGGCUGGUGGCCUUGACAGGUAUUUUCAAAUUGCAAAAUGUUUCAGAGAUGAAGGUGCUAAACCAGAUCGUCAACCAGAAUUCACUCAGGUUGAUUUAGAAAUGUCUUUUGUCGACAUGGAUGGUAUUCUUUCUCUCACAGAAGACAUGUUGGCAGCUUCCUCGCCUGAUUCCAAACAACAGAAACUCUGCACACCGUUUCCUCGUAUGUCCCACCACCAAGCCUUGAAAUGUUUUGGUUCAGACAAACCUGACACACGAUUCGGUAUGGAACUGAAUGAUAUUUCUCAUAUCCUACAAGACAGUGGCAUUGAUUUUUUAAACACUGUCUUAUCAACUCCACUGGGUUCUGUCCAGACGAUUGUCCUAAAGCAAGGAAUGAAAUAUUUGACUAGCAGAGAUCUUCGGAAAGUGAAAGAUUUGGGAAAUGAAAACACAACAUUAGCAGGAUUAACCAUCAUUGUCAUCAAAGACAACAAUCAAUGGCAAUCACCAAUUUCUAACGUUUUACAACAGAACCUAAAAGAAGAACUAACAAACUACCUUGGACUGGAACCUGGAGAUGUUGUCCUCUUAGCUGCUGGAAUCCAUGAACAUCCAUAUUCUUUACUUGGUAAAUUACGCCUAGAAUGUGCUAACAUGAUGGAGUCCAAUGGUAUGAAACUGCGGGACACUGAAGCAUUCAAUUUUCUUUGGAUUGUAGAUUUCCCACUUUUCCUACCAAAAGAAGAUGGUGACGGCUUGGAAUCGGCCCAUCACCCAUUCACUGCCCCGAUGCCAGAAGAUGUUGAACUCUUAUAUACAGAUCCACUUAAGGUGAAGGGUCAGCAUUAUGAUCUGGUGUUAAAUGGACAUGAGAUUGGAGGAGGUUCAAUUCGUAUUCACACAGCUAAAGAACAACUUUAUAUAUUGGAGCAGAUACUUAAGGAAGACAGCAGUCAACUGCAACACCUUUUACAUGCUUUGGACAGUGGCUGCCCACCUCACGGAGGAAUUGCUCUGGGUCUUGAUCGUCUCUUAGCCAUUUUGUGUGGUGAGCCAAGCAUUCGUGAUGUCAUCGCAUUCCCCAAGUCACAUGAUGGUAAAGAUCCUAUGAGUAAAGCUCCUGCAACAGUUUCUGCUGAAGAUCAGAAUUACUACCACAUAUCCUCCAAAUUUGCAGAUUAGCAUCAGAGAAAUUCUCUCCAAAAUACACUGUCACUGAUCAAAGCAUGUUGACUUGAAGCAACUAAUGCCACAUGAAUAUAUCCAAAUGGAGGGAGUAGAACAGCUAAAAUUCAGCCUACAUAUGUUUCCUAGCUAGACUGGAUUUUAUCUGCUCCAAUCCCUCAGUUUGGGUUUUUAUUCACAAUCGCAGCAACUUAGGUUGCCAACCAUGAACUAUAAAAAAAUUUUUAUGCUUUUUGAACUUUGAUAUGGAAAAAGCCUACAACCUUCAAAAUCAGUAAAUUAUUUAUAACGCUGUUUUUUAUACCACAGACUACUAUGAGGACAUUGACUAAAUCAGAAAGAAGUGCUUAGAAACCAAUGGUCAGUUUCUGACCAGCCAUAACAAAUAACAUUCUAAAUAUAUUACUUAUCUAAUGUUUUAGAGUCUGCUUCCUUUUUGGAUAUAUGAACCACUUAUGAUAUAUAUAUAUAUAUAUGUAUGUAUGUUUGUGGUUCCUAGUCAUGCCUUCACCCACCCUGAGGCACACACAUGGCUGGGCACAGGCAUGGCUAUGUGGGUUAAG